AUGACUCGUUGCAGUUCUGUUCACCAAAAUUCGAUUUUAGUUUACAACACCUCCGAGACAAUCCGCACAACAGUAACGAAAACAAUAUCGGCCGUGGAUGACUGGAUUAAUGAAGUUGAACAAAGUUUUGCCAGACAGCUCGAGAACGGAAAUCUUAUCGUGGGUCUCGACAUCGAAUGGUCAAGGUUACAUGAAAUCAGUACGACAACUCCUAAUGCUAAGGAAGUUGCCGUGCUGCAAUUAUGUUUGGCACAUCAAUGUUUAAUAUUUCAGUUCUUUGGGUUCUUUGAUGAUAAUACUCGUACCAAAAAUAAUAAACGUAGCAAAAAUAGCAAAAAAUUUCAGAGAGCCGAUAUCCCUGAGUCUCUUGCCAAAUUUCUCAACGACGAGAGGAUUAUAUUCGUCGGAUGUGGGAUCGAUCAAGACGUGCGUAAGCUCAUGGCUGAUCACAGGUUGGCCGUAGCUAGAAGUGAAGAUCUUUGA